ACUUGAGAAAAACAAAACUGAAAUAGCCCUAACUACUCCACGCCACUUGAAGCCGACUCCUCCUCCGUUUCAGCAGCGCCGCUGCCUCUCUCCCGUUCAGCCUCCGUACGUCGUCUUCCUUCCGUUCGUGUCGCCGCCGCAGCCUCCUCCAUCAUACGGAGUUUGCGCUGAUUUUCUACUCCUUUUUGUUACAGAUUUAACAGUGGCAAUGGAGCAAGACAAUGAAGAAGAAGUGAAGACGUUUAAGGACUUGGGGAUAUGUGAGCAAUUGGUGGAGGCAUGUGAUAGUUUAGGCUGGAAAAAUCCAUCCAAGAUUCAGGCUGAGGCCAUUCCUCAUGCCCUAGAAGGAAAGGAUUUAAUUGGACUUGCACAGACUGGUUCUGGAAAAACUGGAGCUUUUGCUCUUCCCAUUUUGCAAGCCCUUUUGGAGGCUCCUCAAGCUUUUUUCGCAUGUGUACUUUCUCCCACAAGGGAGCUUGCAAUUCAGAUUGCUGAGCAAUUUGAAGCGUUAGGGUCUGGCAUUGGUAUUAAGUGUGCAGUGCUUGUUGGAGGGGUAGACAUGGUGCAGCAAGCCAUUAACUUGGCAAAACGGCCACAUAUUGUCGUUGGGACACCUGGGCGCCUUGUGGACCAUCUAUCCAAUACAAAAGGUUUUUCCCUCCGCACAUUGAAAUAUUUGGUACUUGAUGAGGCAGACAGGUUAUUGAAUGAAGACUUCCAAAAGUCAAUAGAUGAAAUUUUAGAUGAAAUUCCUCGUGAGAGGAGAACGUAUCUAUUUUCUGCUACUAUGACUAAAAAGGUUCGGAAACUUCAAAGGGCCUGCUUAAGGAAUCCUGUUAAGAUUGAAGCGGCAAGCAAAUAUUCCACAGUAGACACACUGAAGCAAGAGUAUUGUUUUAUCCCUGCUAAAUAUAAGGAAUGUUAUCUUGUCUAUAUCUUAACUGAGAUGUCUGGUUCUACAUCAAUGGUCUUCACUCGCACCUGUGAUGCUACUCGCCUUCUAUCAUUGAUUCUUCGAAAUCUUGGAUUAAGAGCCAUUCCCAUAAGUGGUCAGAUGACCCAGGCAAAGAGACUAGGAGCCUUAAAUAAGUUCAAGGCUGGAGAGUGCAACGUUCUUAUCUGCACUGAUGUCGCCAGCAGAGGACUUGAUAUUCCAUCUGUGGAUAUGGUCAUAAAUUAUGAUAUUCCUUCAAAUUCCAAGGAUUACAUACAUAGAGUGGGAAGAACUGCUCGUGCAGGUCGUUCUGGGGUUGCCAUUUCGUUAGUUAACCAGUAUGAGUUAGAGUGGUACAUACAGAUAGAGAAGCUCAUAGGGAAAAAACUACCACAGUUUUCGGCACAGGAAGAGGAAGUUUUGAUGUUGUUCGAUCGUGUGGCCGAGGCGAAGAGAAUAUCUAUUAUGAAAAUCAAAGAAAGUGGUGGCAAAAAGAGAAGGAGAGGUGGAGGAGAUGACGAUGACAACGACGACAACGACGUUGAAAAGUAUCUACGUCUCAAGAGUGGAAAGAACGGGAAGAUGUCGAAGAAGUUUAAUAAAAAACGAGUCUAAAUUAUGUUUAUUUAUAUUUUGAUCAAAUUUGGUAUAGGCGUAGAGUGUAAGCUAAGCAAAUAUGGUGUGUUCUAACCCGAUUACAGAUCAUUGAGGAAUGAAAAAUUUUGACCGUUUCUUUUAUUUAAAUUACUUGUAAUACAUAGUGUAAAUUCAUGUGAUGUAUUAUCAUACUUUUUUGUUUAGCU